GUGAUACACGUGUAUAUUUGUUUGGUCUCUUCUCGCCUUCGUCUUCCCCACCUCGACUGCCACAUAGCUAUCUCUCUCCGUCUCUGAUUCAACUUGAAUCGGUGCUAAGUUCUCAGGCGAAUUGAGCUGCUUUUGCUUCGAAAAGUAUGAAACUUGAUUGAAGCUAUGAAUGCGAAUCACAACCUCUGGACGGAUGGUCUUAUCUGCGCUUUCGAGUUUCAUCAAGGUCGUCGCAAGACAGCCAAGUUCGACACGAGAAGCGCUCUUCACCGAGGAGAUGCUCUUUAUACUCUAACGUAUCAAAACAAGAAACAUGAAUUUAAAGAAGAAGAAGAAGAGCACUCAAGGAGUCACUGGCGAGCAAUUGGUUGGGAUAGGCUCUCUGAGCUUGUUCAGACUGUGAAGGUUGAUGGUGAUUGGUCAGUGCAGAACGUUGAUGUAGAUCAUGCAACGGUUGCUGAGCUGGCUGCUCCUUACUGGGACCGACCACUCGCGGGUCCCACGUGGUGGUGCCACGUUGAUGCUAGCCAUCAAGGUGUUGCUUUGUGGCUGCGUAACGCGCAGUGGUUGCAUCCGGCUGUUAGCGUGGCUCUAAGGGACGAGAGCAAGUUGAUUAGUGAACGGAUGAAACAUAUUUUUUAUGAGGUUCCGGUUAGAGUUGCUGGUGGGCUGUUGUUUGAGCUGUUGGGGCAAUCAGCUGGUGAUCCUUUUAUAGAAGAAGAUGACAUUCCCAUUGUCUUGAGGUCAUGGCAGUCGCAGAAUUUUGUAGUGACUGCGUUACAUGUUAAGGGGUUUGCUUCGAACAUUAGUGUGUUAGGCAUUACAGAAGUGCAGGAAAUGCUAAUUGCUGGUGGAGCCUGCAUUCCAAGAACCAUACAUGAACUUAUAGCGCAUCUUGCAUGCCGCCUUGCUCGCUGGGAUGAUAGGCUAUUUAGGAAGUAUAUAUUUGGUGCAGCAGACGAAGUUGAGUUGAUGUUUAUGAACAAGAGAAUGUACGAGGAUCUAAAUCUGUUUACUAUAAUCUUGAAUCAAGAAAUCAGAAGGCUUUCCACCCAGGUCAUACGAGUGAAAUGGUCGCUUCAUGCAAGAGAAGAGAUUGUGUUCGAGCUGCUUCAGCAACUAAAAGGCAACACAGCAAAAGACUUGCUUGAAGGAAUAAGAAAGAGCACACGCAAUAUGAUCAAUGAACAAGAAGCAGUCCGUGGCCGCUUAUUCACUAUCCAAGACGUCAUGCAAAACACCGUUCGAGCUUGGUUACAGGAUCGAAGCCUGACGGUUACACACAACCUAGGAAUCUUUGGAGGAGUUGGCCUUUUGCUGACAAUAGUGACCGGUCUGUUUGGGAUAAACGUAGAUGGCAUACCAGGAGCUGCAGAUUCUCCACAAGCCUUUGCACUUUUCUCAGCCAUUCUUUUCUUCUCAGGUUUUGUUUUAGUGGUCGGGGCUUUGCUCUACCUUGGACUCAAGGAGCCAGAGGCAGAAGAGAACGUGGAGAUUAGAAAACAAGAGCUUGACGAAAUGGUCAAGAAGUUUCAAAGAGAAGCUGAGUCUCAUGCGCAGGUCUUCCAGAAAGUUCCUCAGAAUAUAGAACGCACUGGUACUAGUAGCAGUAGUAGAAUGUUAGUACAUGAUCCAAAUGGUUACGUUCUCUUGGACUGAAAAUCAAAUAAAAGUUUGGUUCUCUUGAUGAUAUUUGAAAUCGAAUAAAGAAUGUUAAUACAUUUGAUUAUCCAAAGAUUGCAUCACUAAAGACUCGACAGGCUCUUUGCCAUCUGUCUACAAGCAGGUUCCCAUGACUCUCACCCGAGUCAAAGAGAAGAUUUGUAUUAAACUCAUCAUCAAUUAAUACAUUGCUUGCUUUUAUAUCUCUGAUGGAAAUUGAAAUAAUGUUUACUUUUACUAAUUAAAAAAAAAAAAAGUCUCUGCAUAAAGUUUGUGUUAUUAUUGACGUCUAUUUACCAAACCAUAGUUGAAUUCUCAAACAGACCAUAAAAACAUAUACACACAAAAUAAUGGUCUAGUCUAUGAAACCCGGGUUCGAUGGGCAUUGGAGACAUUUCCUUAAUUUUUCCAUUCCAAAAUUAAUAUUUCAAAAUUUUCUUGACCUCUCAAACAAAAAAUGAAGUGGAACUUGGAAUCUCAGAAGAAGUCGAAAGCGUGAGAGCCUUUCUCAGAUGAUGGCCUUGCAACUCUUCCCCGCUUCUCUUCACCCAAUCUCGAACCCUUCUUCUUCAUCAUCAUCAUCUCGAUCAAAACAGAGACACCUCCUUCUCCAGCUCUCUCCUCCUCGCCUCCGUUCUGACCGUAGCCAAAGCGGUGUCACCGAAAACGACAGCGAUCCUUCUUCCUCAGGUUCUUCAUCAUCAUCAGUACGCACACAGUUAGAUCUCCUCGAACAGCUUACUUCCACCAGCGACGGUUACUUGAGUGAUGGUGGUGGUGGUGGCUUGAGGGGACUCACAGUGCGUGACCAAUUGGCUAGUCUUGUUGGUGACAGAGACGAUGACUUCACCAUUCCCUUGGGGAAGAACUUGAAGAAAGUGAGCCCUAAGUUCUUAACCACUUCUCAGAAAAGGAACAUUAAGAGGCAAAGCUACCUUAACGAGGUCUCUCAGAGGAAUGACUCUGUUUUCUUUUCUACCAUCGGCGCCUUUGUAAUCCUUCCGCCUUUGUUGAUCCUUGGGAUUGCUAUUUUGACUGGCUAUGUUCAACUCUUUCCUUAAGUAUGUGUACAAUAAAUGAUGAACAUAAUCCUUUCUUUCAA